AUGACAAUGAAUUUAUAUAAGGUGAAUGACACCUACUUCGACAAGGUAUUCAAAGAUAGCAAUAUUGAUGAAGCCAAAGGAAGAGUCCUUUUGGUGGAUAAGUUUACUAUGAGCAUCAUAUCCAUCUGUUACAGUCAAUCUCAACUUUUACUGCAAGAUAUCAUCUUAAUUGAUCUCAUAGAAAACUUCCAUCAGUUGGAUCAAAUGAAACACUUGAAUUGUAUCGUGUACAUUAAGCCUGUGACUGAUUCAAUAGAGUUUUUGACCAAGGAGCUCCAAGCGCCUCACUUUCAUGAUUACAAGGUGUACUUUAAUAAUAUCAUCAACAAGAACCAGUUGGAAAGAAUAGCAGAAAGUGAUAAGUUUGAGGUUGUUAGUAACAUUGUGGAGUUAUUUCAAGAUUACUUGGUUAUCAAUGCCAACUUAUUUACUAUAACUUCUACUUCAAUUAUUGACGAAACGAACAAGUUAGUGAGUUUAUUGCUCUCCAUUAAGAAAUUCCCCAUAAUUCAGUAUGAAAACAACUCUUUAAGUUUAAAGAAGUUAUCAAGUGAAAUCUUGUAUCAGAUCAACUCGAAUCUAAACAACAACUUGUUUGAGAACUUGAACUAUGAUACUGUACCGGUAUUAUUAUUAUUCGAUAGGUUCAAUGAUCCUAUCACCCCAUUAAUUAAUCCAUGGACUUAUCAAGCCAUGAUUCAUGAGCUUAUUGGAAUUAAUAAGAAUAUCGUUGAAAUAAAUGGUGAAAAGAUUCUACUUGAUGAUCAACUGGAUGAUUUCUUGAGCCAGUCUCUUUAUUUGAACUAUGGUGAUUUGACAGAGUUAUUUCAAACAAAGGUAGAGAAAUUCAAAAAAGAGUCAAAUGCAAAUGUUAAGACUUCUAACCUUGUUGAGUUGAAGAAGAUCUUGACCAGACUACCUGAUUUCAAGAAGAAGCUGAGUAACAUUAUGAAGCAUUUAAAUGUCUUAACCGAGCUAGAUGCACAAAUUUCAAAACAAAACUUGUGGGAAAUAAGUGAGUUACAGCAAACAAUUAUCUGCAAUCUUGAUACGAAGAUUAAUGUGGAAAAUAGCUUAAUCAGAAUAUUGUCUAACGAUUCUGUGAGCAUGAAUCAUAAAAUAAAAUUAAUCCUACUUUAUUCAAUUAGGUUUAGUGGUGAUCAUAUAGGAAGGUUUGUGAGCUUAUUGAAUGAACCUUCGUUGGUUCAGUUGAAACUUUUAAACAACUUCAGCAAAAGUUUCAGCAGCAAGAUAAAGCAUCCCAAGCAAGAGGAAGAGAACAACUUCAAGAAGUUCUUCAAGAAUUUCAGUAAUACUAACGAAAUUGAUAACAUAUUCUUGCAGUAUAAUCCACCACUCAAAGAUUUCUUGAAUGACUUUCUUUUGUUGCGUGCAGAUGGUAAUGGCCAUGGUUUGAAUACUUUGGUGCCCGAUACUUUGAAGGAGUCAAAUAUAGUUCAAGAUGUGAUCAUUUAUUUCAAAAAUGGUGUUACCUAUGAAGAAGCAAAAAUUGUCAGGGACUUCAACGACACAAACAGGAGAUUCAAUUUGAUUAUUGGAAGUGACAAGAUCAUAAACAGUAAUGAAUGGCUCGAAGAGCUUUAUGAUUUUAUCAACUAA